CGCGGCUCAUCCACUCAAAGCGCUUUGGCAUCCCUCUUGUCUGCAACCACCAUCUCGAAUACCGCAUACAUCCCAGAACUUCCCGUACAACCCUUAGAUGGAUCACGAGUCUAGCGAGCGAGCUCCGGGCACGCAUGUGGCUGACGCUGCGCUAACGCUCAAGCGCAAGGCGUCGCCGUCUUUCGACGCCACGGAGGACCCCGACACGCGCACAGGCAAGCGGCGCAGGGAGGACACGCCGCAGACGGAGGAGGACAGUGUCGAGUCGGCCAGCGAGCGCCAGAAUCGGCUCGCGGACGAGCUCGCGCUCGACCUCCAGUGCGGCUGCUGCUCUGAUCUCGUCAUCAACCCGGUCAUCGUGCUGCCCUGCCAGCAUUUCUUUUGCGGGAGCUGUGUUGUACAGUGGAUAAAGAAUGGUGGGACGAAUUGCCCCGCGUGCCGGAGCGUGUCGACGUCGGUGGCCCCCUUCCGUACCAUGUCCGCGGUUGUGGACACGCUCCUGCGCAUCGCCCCGGAGAAAGCGCGCCCCGAGAGGGAGGUGCAGCAGGCAGACGCGAUCUACAGGAAAGGAUCCAACCUCCGGAUCCCCGUCCCCCGCACCGCGUCCCCCGAGCCCAAUCUGAACCCGAGCACUGACUUCGCGCGCCCCUGCCCCCACUGCGCGCCGCACAACCCGUACGGCUGGCAGUGCCCCCAGCCGAUCGCGGAUCCCAACAUCGAGCCCGACAAUGCGUGGCCCCUGGACGAUGGUCUCCCGCCCGGCCAUGGGCACUGUGGCAACUGUGAGAACCUGAUGGCGCUGAACGCGCCUGCGUCGAGCAAAUGCGACUUCUGCCACAUUCACUUUUGUGGCAUCGGCGUGCGGGGGCGGUGCCAGGCGGGUCCGCUCUUGCACCAGCAGCCGCAUGGGAUGAUGGACGUGGCCGACCUCAUACAAUCGACGGAUGUGUACGAGUGCUUCGAUAGCAACUAUGUGGAGGUAGAGAUUAUGCUGGAUUACCUAACAGCGCAAGAAAUGACACCAAGGCACAUCUACCGCGAGAUCGUCAUGUACCUGCAAACGCAGCCCCGGGGUUUCCAGCCUCUUAUUGACCAGGGUCUUUUCACGGACUCUACGGGUGGCGCGCCCGUGCCCGACCCCAAUCCCGAUGCACCGCGCAGGAGGAUUUGCCGUGUUUGCGCGACAGAAAUUCUGCUGUGGGGUAUCCGUGACUGGUGGGUGCGCGAGCGGGCAAAGGGCUUUUUGGAAGAGCAUAUUCUCGCACGCAAAGAUUGCCCCGCUGGCAGCGCAUGUGGGAAUCAGAAUGACACGGCCCACGCGAAGGAGUUCAAUCACAUCUUUGCCGAGCGGACGCCCGAUGCCGCGGGCCCUAGCAGCGAAGGCGAACCCCCCGCAAGGCACCCUCUUCAACUUCCGACCGAAGGGGAGCACGACCUCCCACCCGUCGCGGUGACUGGCCUGCCACACCUAUCGCGACACGCACCGGAAAUACCCCACGACAUGCCGUCGGUCUCGGUACACGAUCUGUCGGCAAUCUCAGUGCACGAGAUGUCGUCUGCCUUGGUGCAUGACCUGCCAUCUACCUCGAUGCACGACCUGCUUUCAGCCUCUGUACACUCGCCGGACCUCCCGCCCAGCUACACGCCUGAGAACACGCCGUCGCGCUCAUCGCUCUCGUCGGCCGCCAUCGCGUUCAUGCUGAACGAACCGGACCUUGUGGAGCCGUCGCACUCGGCGGGCUCCUCGCGGGUGGGUUAGAAGGCUAGGGACCUUCAAGGAGAGGCGAUAGGUGGACGUUGUCAAGGCAAGAGGAGGUCGAGAUGAUAACGGACGCAGCAAUUUAGGAGGAGAAAUGCGACCUGUGGCGUUGGAAUGGGUGCUUGGCGGAGCGCAGAAGAAGGUGUAAUACAAGGAACAUGGUCAUCAUCGAAACAGUAGUCGAACAGUAUAGACCAAGGGGAUGGGGAAAGAAAAAAGCGAAGCAGGUACUAUAUCUCCGAUUCCCUAUGUAUAAUCAUCAUCGCAGCUACAGCCUAUAGCUCUAUCAUGGUUCUUUAGUACGGAUUCUUUUCUUUACAUCCAUCGCGCUUUCUACCUCUUUACUCCCAUUCCUCCAUUAGGCUUUCGUUCUUCGCGUAGUAUUCUUCUGCUUUACUUCCAUUAUUAUACUGACGAAUCGCGUGUUUCAACGAUAGUUCAUCCCUGCAAUUUGCGCAAGCGCGACGUCGGUACCGGA